GAUUUUGAGCAGUGUCCAGCCGCACAUGACACUCACCAGGCAGAUUUAUGUCUACACACACUUCAUCAAGGCUUACCUGACCUCGAAUAACACAGACUCCAGCUGCAGCUCAAACACUAGCAACAGUGGAGAGUGGCUGCAGAAGAACUUUGGAGGUUUCUCUGUCUUCCCGUCCUUCCAGGACCUGCAGAUGAUUUAUCCCAACUUUAGAGCGAUGGAAGCCUUACCACUGCUGACCAUCAGACAGCUGGCUGACGUGUCCGCCACACCCAACCAGCUCACCUCUCCUAACCAGGUUGCCAUGGUGAUGCAAUAUAUACCCAGCCAAUUCCUGGUUGACUUCUUUGAUGACUUCUCACCUGCUAUCCUGGGUCAUGAAGACAUGUUACCCAUUGUGGUGAGGUCAGCCAUGUUACAAGUUGUGUUUGAUCGGGCAAACCUCUCAGAUCCCGCGGUGGGUGAUUCAGUUGUGUCGCUGUGGCUCCAAAAACGACUGCCCCCCCUGCUGGUCGACCUGUCACCGCAGAAUGUCGCGCCGUUCUUCCGAAUACUGGCGGGAAGAAACUGCAGUAUCGAGCAGCAGGGAGUCGAAUCCCUGAAUUCAACAGUCUCCUCUCUCAGUGAUGUUACACAGAAAGAAAUCUACAACAACGUCGUUCAGAUUCUCACAGAACCGAUACCUCUGCAGUGCUACGGUGACAACUACAACCGCAGUUUCUACAGUUUCCUGGAGAACUCAUUCAUGGGAUUCCAGUUUCCUAACGUCACCACCUUCCUGUCCCUCAUGCCCUACGACAGGGUGCAUCAGCUGGUGAACUCCAUACCUCCAUCAGAUCUUGCAGAUUUUCUCCGUCGCCCUGACGUUGUCGACAAUGAUGCAGAGCUCUGUGUGAUCUACAGCAACUAUGUCCAGACACCGAUGUUCCUAGAGACCGAGUCUCUCCCGGAGGUGGUGCGGCGGCCCACCCUGCCUUGCGUCUGGCCCAUGGCGCUCAGCAGCUCCGACAGGUCAGAGGUCAACGCCUGGUUUGACCGACGCCUCCCCUAUUAUAACUAUUUGGGCUUCCUCACAAAGAGUCUGAUCAGCCCCAGUAUCACACACAACUCCUCCUGCCUGGCCUUCCAAAAGCUCGUUUCAGUCCUUGGGGAAUACAACUACACCGUUGCAGACUUUACGAGGCAAGAUGUGUUCAACACCAUCAGAGCAUACCUCAUCUCAGCGACGGUGCCAAGGUGUUAUGACCCCAGCGACCCGGAACUGAACUCCACAGCCUGGUUUGCUGAGUACAUCGGCCCUUUCAUGCCUUUCCUCACUCUGGAGGAUCUUCAGACGUUUGGAUCUGCGCAGGUUAUCCAGGUGUUCACAGUGAACCCUCUGAACAUCGCUCUCCUCCAACAGUCCGGUUUACCUCUCAACCUCACCAACUACUACACCCAGCUCAUUUAUCAACAGGACAGCAACUUUGACCCAUUACUACUUCCUCUGUUGUGGCGGUGUGUUGCUCCUGGUCCAGCAUUCAGCCAGCUAACAUCAGAAGAAAGUAUGAUAGUUCUACAGAACCUGACCACUCUCUGUACAGCCCUGAACCCACAGGUUGCUGCAGCUUUGGCAGGUAACUUUGGUGACAACAUCAAUGCUGCGGCCAUUACUGCCCUCGGCAGCCAAAGCAUCGGCCUGUCCACCAGUCAGAUCAAGAUGAUAAAGCCUGAUGAUCUAUAUGCCGCCCUCUUCACUCUCUGCAGUGUUAGAGGCUGGAAUGAAGGCCAGGCCAGGGCCAUCAUCCUGUCUCUGAUGUCUUCGGGGCUUAUGAAGAUCAACAGCUCAUCAACGUUGUUCAUGCUGGGCUCUCUUGUGGUCGGUGUUCCUGCGGAAACUUUCGGCAGCAUCAGCGGCUCCCAGCUCCUUACUUCAUCCAAAAAUCCUUCAUUCCUGGGAUACAUGCUGUCCGCUCCACAGAUCGUCCAGCAGAUCUUUGUUACUCAGAUCGUAUCAGUGAACAGCAACAGUGACACGAUCAUACAGAACGUUCCAGAUGAAAUGGCCACUCAGAUCCCUUGUGCUCAGCUGCUGGGCUUCUCAAAUAACGGCAACGUUAUCACCAAACUCAACCAGAAGACAUGGAAACGGCAGCAGGUUGAGUUGUUCUUUGAAAUAAUUGCUGUGGAAUCUGCGACCGCAGUGCUGGGCAGUCCAAACAACUUGUCAUCCUCUGUGCUGCAAGGGUUCACGUGCACCGGAGUGAGGAAUGUUGAAAAGGUGCAGAUCAAAAAGCUGAUUAAAGCCUGCCGGAGGAAAGGCAGGAACAAGGUCCCAUUGGUCGAGACUCAGUUGACCUGCAUGUAUAACUACAUUAAAAAUGACUCAGAUGCCACCAGCUUCGACCUCUAUCCUCCUGACAUGCUGCUGUACUAUGAUUACUCCCUGGUGCCACAGGCCAGCUGCAGGUUCUAUUUUCAACAGCUGGCAGAAGCAGACUUCUCCGUCUUCUCCUCCGCCCUCAGCUACAAACUGACCGCUCUGUUUGCUAAUGCCAGGAGCUGCCUGGGUAUAACAAACACGACAUUGACUGCGGAUAAUAUAUCAGUGUUGGGAAACAUGUGCUGCACUCUGGAUGGUACCUACAUCGUGAACUCUGACCCAUCCAUCUUGGAAAAACUCAAGAACUGCCCGGACCUCACCAACGCUCAGGCGGCUGCUGUUGAAGCUCUACUGCAGAGCGGGAAAACACAGUACGGAGCUCCAUCAACAUGGGACUACCAGACUCUGAAGGACCUCGGGAUGUUACCGCUGUAUUUGACCUCAACCUUCUACAGUAACUUUUACAAAAAAACAAAGCAGAGGUUCUUGGAGUACUUCCUCAAAGUUAUCGCGAGCAACGGAGUGGACACACAGAAGAAGGGGAGAAUGAAGGGAGAAAUAAGAAAGUCCAAUAGAAACCAAGUCAAGUCAAAGCGAUCUAUCGUAAACGGGUGCACUGUUGGAACGAUCACCCAGGUGACCAUCAGCGAUGAGACGUUCCCCUUCAACUAUGACGACAUAACUCAGUUCAACUGCUGCCUCAGCGCCUCGACCGUUAAGGACAACUUGGCAGCCAUCACUAUGAAGGUGGACCAGGUUGAAUACCUCCAGAUUGUUCUCAGCAAGUUGCGAGAGGCUUACGCUGCCAACUCCACUAUCCCAGAAGAUCAGGUUCAGGUCCUAGGCCCAGCGUCCCGUGUGGCGUCCAUUAGUGACAUCAACCUGUGGACUAUCACUCAGAUCGACACACUCUCUGCUUUGAUGGACCCGUCCAACGGGCCGUGGGACCCGAGCCUGGCUCAGGCCAUCAUCUCCAAGUAUCUGAAUAACGAAGGGAACAAACUGGGCAGUGCUGAGCUCAACGCCAUCGGAGGAGCCAACCUUUGCUCCCUGGACGUCGAAGUUUUGAAGAACAUUUCCCAACAAAGCCUUAAAGAGGCCAACGCCCUGACGGUGUCCAACUGCACCACGGAGAAAAAGAAAGUACUGUUCACCAUCGCCACACAAGCAUUUGCCACAAUGACCCGCUCAACUGUCCCCGUUUCCUCCUACCAGCUCACACAACCUUUCAUUGGGGGUGCAUCUCUAGACUAUGUCCGAAGUUUGGUGCCUUCCAACAUCAACAUGGACAUGGCUACCUUCACCAGUCUGGAUCCGAACAUUGUAAUGAACCUGACUGUUAGUGACGUCCAAGGUCUGCUUGGUUCCAACGUGGCCGAUUUAAAGUCCUAUGAAAACCAAACGCUGGUACAGAACUGGAUCACCAGGCAGUCCCAGACAGAGCUCAACACACUGGGAGUGGGGCUUGUGGGAGGCAUAGUCGCCUCUACAGCCACCACCAACUCUCCGACAACCACCACUGGCUCCCCAACCGCCACCAACUCUCAGACAACCACCACUGGCUCCCCAACCAUCACCAACUCUCAGACAACCACCACCAGCUCCCCAACCAUCACCAACUCUCCAACAACCAUCACCGGCUUUGCAACCAUCACCAACUCUCAGACAACCACCACCAGCUCCCCAACUGCCACCAACUCUCAGACAACCACCACCGGCUCCCCAACCAUCACCAACUCUCAGACAACCACCACCAGCUCCCUAACCGCCACCAACUCUCAGACAACCACCACCAGCUCCCCAACCAUCACCAACUCUCAGACAACCACCACCAGCUCCCCAACCGCCACCAACUCUCAGACAACCACUACCGGCUCCCCAACCAUCACCAACUCUCAGACAACCACCACCAGCUCCCCAACCGCCACCAACUCUCAGACAACCACCACCAGCUCCCCAACCAUCACCAACUCUCAGACAACCACCACCAGCUCCCCAACCGCCACCAACUCUCAGACAACCACCACCAGCUCCCCAACUGCCACCAACUCUCAGACAACUACCACCAGCUCCCCACCCGCCACCAACUCUCAGACAACCACCACCGGCUCCCCAACCAUCACCAACUCUCCGACCACCGGCUCCCCAACCAUCAGCUCCACUACUAAAACCACCAUUCACCCCACCACCACAGGUAACAAUGGUGCCCGAAUCCGAGCAGAUGGCGGCUUCUCCUUCCUUGUUCUCGCGUUCCUCAUCGCUUCUCUUGUAUGAAGAAACACAUGGCUGAUUAUUGUAGUUGAUACAUAUAUGCCUAUAUAUCUGCUAAUAGAAAUAAAUGUGGCCUCGUGCUGCAUUGCUUGCUGUGAAGAAAAUAUAAAAUGUGUAAUAACAAUACAUUAGAUGUAAAUAAUGUAUUCUUGAUUAGUGGAUCCUUCAGCAGCAAGUAUACUCUGAAACCUUUUCACACUUUGCUUUUAGGCUCAUAUUUUUGUGUGUGUGUGUGUGUGUGUGUUUUUUUCCCCUGGUGGUUCAGUUGUUUUAAUUAUUAAAAUGAAGGUUUAACAGAAAAUGAAGGUGACAGUUUGUGUUGCUGUGUAAUCCUGUGUAACUUUUAGAUAACACUUUCUUCAGGCUUACCUUGAAAAUGAAUGUCGUGCCUGGAGUUGUAUGAGAUUAUCAAUAAAUGCAUAUAUCAUUGCACAAUCAUUAAAACGCACCACUUUUAGGGUCACAGGCAUCAUUUCAUCUGUGCAGUAAAACUAACACCAACAACAAAUUUAGUUACUAAAUUAUCAUGAACAGCCAAUAAAAGUAAGUCUUAGCUACAAG